CCGGCUGGCAAACACAACAGAAUGACAAGCUAAUCAUGUAAUUUAAUUUAUAAUUUAUUUUAGUUUAUAUUGGUUUAUCAAAUGUAAUCUGAUUCAAUUCCUUAAAAUAUAUUGUUGAUCACUCAAUCCUUUAUAUUUUGCAACAAAUCAACAUGACUAGUCCAGUUAAUAAUAAUCAAGGAAAAAUGCUUGCCUCCAGUGAUGUUAGACCAAUAUCUCGAGCAUCGCUUAAAUCAGCGAAAUCGGAGGCAGUCAAAGUUUGUGUUCGAUGUCGACCAAUGACGGAAAAAGAGAUAGCUGGUGGACAUGAAAGAGUUGUCGAAAUGGAUCCUACCAAAGGAAUAGUUACACUCCUUCCUAUUAAAUCUCAAAUUACAUCAACUGUAUAUCGUACUCCAUCAAAUGGAGAAAGUGCUAAGCAAUUUACCUUUGAUGCUGUUUAUGACUGUAACUCCAAACAAACUGAGAUUUAUGAUGAAACUGUCAGACCAUUAGUCGAUUCAGUUUUGGAAGGUUUCAAUGGAACAGUCUUUGCUUACGGUCAAACAGGAACUGGUAAAACUUAUACUAUGGUUGGUGUUCGCGAGGAUCCAUCUCGCCAAGGAAUCAUUCCAAAUGCUUUCGAGCAUAUUUUCAGCCACAUUGCCCGAAGUACAAAUCAACAGUAUCUAGUUCAAAGUUCAUAUUUGGAAAUUUAUCAAGAACAAGUACGAGAUUUAUUGUGUAAAGAUCAAUCAAAAAGACUUGAACUCAAGGAAAGGGCAGACAUUGGAGUCUAUGUCAAAGAUCUAUCAUCAUUCGUCUGUAAAAGUAUUAAGGAAAUUGAGCAUGUAAUGACUGUUGGCAAUGAAAAUCGUGCAGUUGGAGCAACUAAUAUGAAUGAACAUUCCUCUCGAUCUCAUGCAAUAUUUAUCAUUACCAUUGAACAUUCAACUUGUGUAGGACCUGAUAGUGAAACUCAUAUAAGAGUUGGUAAAUUAAAUCUAGUCGAUCUAGCAGGAUCUGAGCGUCAAUUCAAAACUGGUGUAGUUGGACAACGACAGAAAGAAGCAAUUAAAAUUAAUCUUUCGCUAUCUGCUUUAGGUAAUGUUAUUUCAGCUCUCGUCGAUGGUAAAUCUUCUCACAUUCCAUAUCGAGAUUCAAAGUUGACUCGAUUACUUCAAGAUUCCUUAGGAGGAAACUCAAAAACUGUGAUGGUUGCCAAUAUUGGGCCUGCAAGUUAUAAUUAUGAAGAAACCUUAAUUACCUUACGAUAUGCGUCAAGGGCUAAAAAUAUUAAAAACCGUCCUAGAGUUAAUGAAGACCCAAAGGAUGCAUUAUUACGAGAAUUUCAAAUGGAAAUUGAAAGAUUAAAGGUUUUGCUUCAGGAAAGGAGACGGAAAGCUUCAGGAAAAGUAGUUGAAAUUUCAUCAAUAACUCGUGGAAAUGUAGUCGAUGACUCUGGAUCUACCAAUGGUGGAGUUGAUGAAGCAGCAGUUGAGAAACUGGCAGCCGAAAUAAAAGCUAUGGAAUCAAGAUUAUUGACUGGAGGUAAAAAUAUAAUUGAUCACACCAACCAGCAGAAGAGAGAAUUGGAAUUGAAAAGACAAGAAAUUGCUGAGCAAAAGAGACGAGAACGAGAAAUGCUGCAACGGUUGGAGGAACAAGAAGAUUCUACUUUGGAGAUUAGGGAAACAUUUACAUCGAUGCAACAAGAAGUAGAACUGAAGAAACGAAAAUUGAGAAAAUUAUUUGCAAAAUUGCAAUCAGUUAAAAGUGAAAUUGAAGAUACCAUGGAAGCAAAUAGUCGAGAACGACGAGAAUUGGAAGAACUACAAAGUGAUCUAAUGAAAGAAUUGAAACUCAAGUAUCUAAUUAUAGAGAACUUCAUUCCUUUAGAUGACAAAAAUGUUUUCCUCAGUCGAGUAGCUUAUGACGAAGAAGAUGAAGAAUGGAAAUACAAACGAUUAACAAAAGUUGAAUCUUUGAUGACUACUAAAAGACCAGUUUCAAAGCCAAAUUAUCUCAGACCGAUGACUGAAUAUGCUCGACUUGCCUCAUCUCUUGGGUCAUGGUUACCAUACAAGGCUGAUAAUGUGCUUAAAGUAGAUUUAAUUAUGCCAAAUCGACUCACCAAAGAGUACAAUAUGAUUAAUACUCAACAAUCAAUGAAUUCAGCUUUGGAAUCAGUUCUCAAAGAAGACGAAGUUAUUCUAAUAGAUGCAAGCAACUUUCAACCAAAGGCAGAUAUUUUUAAAUCUCGAACCAGACACAAAUCCGAUUCAAGUAAACAACUAACUAGACCCAAAACUAGCUCUAGAUAUUCCAGAACUGCAAUGGGUCACCCCCAAGCAUUAAGGCCAGACACCGCUGGUUAUAUAAACCACUGGAGAGAAGCAGGUCAAUUAAGUGGAGACGAUUACUAAAGCUAGUCAAAGAAAAUCAAAAUACUCAACCCUCCUCUAAUUGUAACAACCACCCAACUACAGAGUCACUGUUAUUUUUGAUUCUUAUCAUUCAUUUGCUAAUCUGUUCUUGCUUCAUAUUAAUUUUAAUUUCUUAACUCAUUCUGUAAAAGAAAGACAAGAAUUAGUUUAUACUUAAAUUUGCUAACUCAAAA